CGCCCCCACUCCAUCUCUCAUUCGACGUCCUGCAGUCCUGCAUCAUUUCUUGCGACUCUCCUUCAAAACCUGAUGCCGGGUCUUUAUCAAGCUCAGAGCAUUGCUGGAUACAUACAAGAUCAACCAACAUCUUCCCCUCCGUCAUUCUUCCCCGCCGUCAUGUACCCCACCACCCCGCUUCCGCCUCGGAUGUGGGAUCGCCAAGGACCGCCAAGUGCAGUAGCUGAUGGAAAAAGCAGCCACAAUCCUCAGCCUUCGCAAUAAAAUUCACCCUCCCCCAUUUUCGUCUUCAUGCAGCUCUUGCCUUGCUCAAUCUCAAAAGUCCUCCCGGACUGCUACCGCAAUGUCUGACAUCAAGAACGAAGUGACACAGCUAGAAGUAGCUCAUGACGCUGCCGAGCGCGGGCACAUCGCCACCG